GUACUCUGCGGGUCAACACCCAGGCGGGCACUGUGACAGACACACUCAAGCUGGUGGAGGAAACUGUGAAACAGGACUAUGACAGAAAAGGCUGGAAUCCUCCUGUUAUUGAGUUACAUCCCCUGAUUCCUGACGUGUUGAUGGUACAGAACAGAGGGCCUGUAGAGGGCCUUCACCAUCAUGAUAAGGAGAUUGUGGUAGAUUUGUUCUGUGGCAUGGCUGUGCUUCGAGGAGCUGAUGUGUUUGCUCAGGGAAUUAUGGGAUGUCAUCCAGGUGUCAGAAGAGGAGAUGAGGUAUCAGUUUACACGGACGUAGAUGGGGCCUGUUUGAAGGGGCUAAGUAAAAUUUACUCAGGUCAUAAAGCCUUUGUUGGGAACGGUCUGGCUCGUCUUGGACGUGAUGAGCUCUUCUGUAAUGGAGGUACAAAUCUCAGUGGGAUAGGUAUUGAGAUGACAAAACCUCUAUACCAAGCACCUUGUUUAGCGGACACUCUCCUUGACCGGGUAUUUGCUCAGAAUCUCCCCUCUAUUGUAUGUGGACAUGUACUCGACCCCAAACCAGGAGAACUCAUCUUGGACAUGUGUGCUGCACCAGGUGGAAAAACUUCGCACAUUGCCUGUCUGAUGAAAAAUGAGGGUCGUGUUGUUGCACUAGACAAGUCACCUCAAAAAGUGCAGAAAAUUUACCAGAACUGUCAAAGAUGGGGACUAUCUUGUGUGGAAGGAUACGUGUGGGAUGCGUCAAAAGCAUUGUGUGAGGAUGCAGAUGCUGGCGGAGGACCACCAUUCACAGCAUGUUCCUUUGACAGAGUCCUGGUGGACGCUCCGUGUAGUGCACUAGGACAGAGGCCUUCCUUCAGGAAUAAAAUGACAGCAAAGGAAUUGAAGUCAUACCCAAAAUACCAGCGCAAACUUUUAGCAGUGGGUGUUGAGUUAGUGAAGGCUGGUGGAGUGUUGGUGUACAGUACCUGUUCCUUACCCAUUGAGGAGAAUGAGGGUCAAGUGGAGUGGGUUCUGAAGAGCUACCCUGACCUACAGCUUGAGCAACAGACUCCCUAUGUAGGUCAGCCAGGCCUGGAGGGUACCAAACUGUCCAGAGAACAACUACAACUGCUGCAGCGGUUUGACCCAGGAGCUUCUGUGAAAACACACUCAGAUUGGAACACUGAUACCAUAGGAUUUUUCCUUGCCAAAUUUAGAAGGAAACGAUAACAUUAAUAUGACAUAUAGGAAUAAAAAAUUGAUGUUUUGAAAACAUGCCUGAUUGGCUUAGCCAUAUCACAUGUACAGUUAGGUCUGACAGCGGGGAAAAUAAUAAUCAGUGAGAUUGGAAUUGCCCAUGAUUAAGAUAGAGCCAGCUGUUACAUUUCCCUCCCUCUUCAGAAUUAACCACUAGGGGUAAAAAUGGUUUAUUAAACAUUAGCAUAAGUUUUCUGCAUUGACAGCCUGUAAAAACAACCUCUUUUUUUUAGUUGAUGUGAUGGUUAUGUUAAUUUUGUGUCCUGUCAGCCCCUGCUAAAGAU